UCUUGUUCCUGUUGCAUUUUUAUUAUCAGAUCCUCACAAUGGUUGCAUUGGUCUGCAUUACCAUGGCAGCUGGCGUCAAUAUUCGACUGACCUGGCGCCAAUUUGUCCUUAAAGCCUGUAUUCUAGCCUUCCUCAUUAGUAUUCCUAUGACCUGGUAUGAACUUUACAAGGCAGCUGAGAUCCAACAGCAGACUGCCGCAAUGAAGGAUGCACCACCAGAGUGUGUGAGAGACAAAGAAGACUUGGAUGAAAGCACAUUUGACACUUUGUUAGGUGUUGCUCAAUCAGCUUUUCGUGGAUUGUUCACAUUUGAAAAAGACAAUUGUCAGAAAUACUAUGAACACAUGCUGAUCAGCCCAUUCCUGAAGGUUCCACCAACAAAGGCCUUAGCUGUAACGUUUGUCCGUUUUUUCGUGACACCGUUAAAAGAUGUUGGGGAGGCUUUAGGAGAGUUUCUGCGAGCCUUACUUAUUGACUUACCCAUCACAUUGUACCCAAUUGCCAUUGCUGCUGUGACAAUAUUCUUUUUCCUCUUCCUGUUCAUGUGGAUGGGCUACAGCAUCCGUCUGCCAUUCUUUUUGUCCAUUGAGCCUGGCCAACCAACUGUGGCAGUAGGUGAUACAGGCACUCAGGAAGCUAUAGAAGAACAUAGCAGAGACCUGCAGAACCAGAUGCAGGCUAUACAGGAUGCACUGGUGAGUCAGGAGAAGAAAGUGAUGGAGAGCAUGAUGCACAUUGAGAGAGUCCAAAUGGCUUCCAUUGAGUAUGGUGCAUCUUUACAACAGCAGGGUUCAGGGGAUAACUGUCCUCCUACCCUAACACAGAGGAGUAAAGCUCCAGAAUCCCCUCAGAUGUACAUAGAGGCAUCAAAGCAUGACAUUGAACAAAGUUUAUCAUCAGCAUCAUCAGGAGGUAGCAUUGUGGAACAUUGUCCUAACAUUGUAAAUAUAAAAAUAAAAUCUCCAAUUCCUUGUUCUGAGGUUGCAAAUUCAGAAAACUGGACACAAAUUACAAAUGAUGAUACAAUCAAUGAUGAGGAGGUGAUUGGGGUUAAAAGAGACACAGAUUCAACUCCACCAGUAGCAGACAGUGUUGGGGUGGCCGGUACAGAGACUAAUCACACACAACAAUCAAAUGAAGUGAUGACACUUAAACCAGCAUACGUGUUUGAUCCCAACCCUUCUUGAUUGAUCCAUUGUUUCCUUUUCAUAACACUUGAUGGAUUAUUUACCUUGAUUUUUUUUGGAAUAAUUUGCCAUUUCCUUGAUUGACAUAGCAGGCAUAAACAUGUUGGUGUUAUUGUUUUCAUUUGGAUUACAAACUAGAGAUUUGUUUUUGUGAACAAAACGAUAUCCUAAAAACUUUGCACUUAUUAGACCUUUGACCUAAUGACAGUGCACUCUAUGUCAUCGGUGGGAGGAUAUCUUUGACUUAGCACUUAUUAGGGCUUUUCACCUACUGGUGAAAAGACCUAUUGUUUUUGUUAAGUUUCUUAUUAUUCUUAUUAUUCUUAUUAUUCUUCUUAUUAUUAUUAUUCCGUACUUUGUGAAUUCUGUUUCUUUUGAUUGGUAAACGAUAGGUUUAUAGUCUUUUAAGUAUGUUGUAGGAAAAGGUCUAAAGCUGAUCAAGCAACAUUUUCAAGUAGGUCAAAAAUUAAAUAUGGCCGCCAUGACGUCAUAGGUCAAAAUCUUAAAAUGACCAUAACUCAAAAAUGGUUCAAUUUACAGAAUUGACGCAAUUAUAUUAAAUGUAGAUAAUCUUCGGGGCUAACUUUUAUUCCAUUAUAAUAUUUCAUUUUAAGGUCAAAUAAAAAAGCUUGCUGUUGGGUCAAAGGUCACAAUUUAAAAAAAAAAAACAUUCAUUUUUCAUUUUUUUUUUUUAAUUCUUCUACAUAUCGAAGGAGAAUGCCACCAAUGGUUGACCUUGAUCAACUAUCAAGUUCACAAAGGUCAAAUGUUUAAAAAAAAAAAAAAAAUCUUCAAUCCAGAAUGUUCAAAAAUUGUUCGUAAGAUUUACUUUAUAUUCAGGUAUGAUGUGGACAGCACCAAUGCACAUAUUUUUGUCAAUAAAAAUUUUGAGUUGACCGG